AUGGCGGAUCGGCUCACCGACCAACCGGAGGCGGCCGAGCCGUCGGCUUCCCGCCGCUCAUCCCGCGACACAGCUACGACGGCGGGAGACGAGGGGCCGCGCGGCGACGGCCCGAUGCGGCCGCGGACCGGCAUCUCAGUGGAGCAGGCCGAGGCCGACUUUGCCGACCUGCAGCGCGAGUUCACGGGCGUUUCGCGCGCGAGCCGCCGGGACAGGGGCACCAAGGGCGGCGGCGUCGAAAGGGCCGGCGUCGAGAAGGCCAUCGUCGACGAGGACGGGCCGUCGGACGAUGGCUCCGUCUUCGACCUCGAGACGGCCCUGCGCGGCGACCUGGACGCCGGGCAAGCGGCCGGGAUCCGGCCCAAGCACGUGGGCGUGUACUGGGACGGGCUGACGGUCCGGGGCGUGGGCGGGACGACCAACUACGUGCAGACGUUCCCCGACGCCUUUGUCGACUUCGUCGACGUGCUGACGCCGCUGCUGGGCCUGCUGGGGCUGGGCCGCAAGCCGGCCGAGGCGACACUGCUGAGCGAGUUCCGGGGCGUGUGCCGGCCGGGCGAGAUGGUGCUGGUGCUGGGCAAGCCCGGCUCCGGCUGCACCACGUUCCUCAAGACCAUAGCCAACCAGCGGCACGGCUACACGAGCGUGGCGGGCGAGGUGCUGUACGGGCCCCUGACGGCGCGCGAGUUCGAGCGGUACCGCGGCGAGGCCGUGUACAACGCCGAGGACGACGUGCACCACGCGACGCUGACGGUCGAGCAGACGCUCGGCUUCGCCCUCGACACCAAGAUGGCGGCCAAGCGGCCGGGCCACAUGGCCAAGGCCGACUUCAAGGCGCACGUCGUCGGCACGCUGCUCAAGAUGUUCAACAUCGAGCACACGCGCCGCACCGUCGUCGGCGACCACUUUGUGCGCGGCAUCUCGGGCGGCGAGCGCAAGCGCGUGUCCAUUGCCGAGAUGAUGAUCACCAGCGCCUGCGUGCUGUCGUGGGACAACAGCACGCGCGGCCUCGACGCCAGCACCGCCCUCGACUUCAUCAAGUCGCUGCGCAUCCUGACCAACCUGUACAAGACGACGACGUUUGUCUCGCUCUACCAGGCCUCGGAGACCAUGUACCGCCUCUUCGACAAGGUCCUGGUCGUCGACGCCGGCCGCCAGGCCUACUUCGGCCCGGCCGCCGACGCCCGCGCCUACUUCGAGGGCCUCGGCUUCGCCCAUCUGCCGCGCCAGACGACGCCCGACUACCUGACGGCCUGCACCGACGAGUUCGAGCGCCGCUACGCCCCCGGCCGCUCCGAGGCCGACGCGCCGCACGGGCCCGACGCCCUGGCCGCCGCCUUCCGCCGCUCCGGCCACCACGCCCGCCUCGGCGCCGACAUGGCCGCCUACCGCGCCGGGCUGGCCGCCCAGACGGCCCAGCUCGACGACUUCCGCGCCGCCGUGCGCGAGGGCAAGCGCGGCUCUUCGCGCCGCUCCGUCUACCAGGUCGGCUUCCACCUGCAGGUCUGGGCCCUGAUGAAGCGCCAGUUCACGCUCAAGCUGCAGGACCGCUUCAACCUGACGCUGGCCUGGGUCCGCAGCAUCGUCAUCGCCGUCGUCCUCGGCACCCUCUACCUCGGCCUCGGCAAGACGUCGGCCAGCGCCUUCAGCAAGGGCGGCCUGCUCUUCGUCGCCCUGCUCUUCAACGCCUUCCAGGCCUUCUCCGAGCUCGCCGGUGCCAUGCUGGGCCGCGCCAUCGUCAACAAGCACAAGGCCUACGCCUUCCACCGGCCCUCGGCCCUCUGGAUCGGCCAGAUCAUCGUCGACCAGGCCUUUGCCGCCUCCGAGAUCAUGGUCUUCUCCGUCAUCGUCUACUUCAUGACGGGCCUGGUCCGCGACGUCGGCGCCUUCUUCACCUUUUACCUCAUGAUCCUCUCCGGCAACAUCGCCAUGACGCUCGUCUUCCGCAUCAUCGGCUGCCUGAGCCCCGACUUCGACUACGCCACCAAGUUCGCCGUCGUUGUCAUCACUCUCUUCGUCACCACCUCGGGCUACAUCAUCCAGUACCAGUCCGAGAAGCCCUGGCUGCGCUGGAUCUUCUGGGUCAACGUCCUGGGCCUCAUCUUCAGCUCUCUCAUGCAGAACGAGUUCCAGCGCAUCGACCUGACCUGCACCGCCGACUCGCUCGUGCCCGCCGGUCCCGGCUACGACGACAUCAACCACCAGGUCUGCACGCUGCCCGGCUCGCGCUCCGGCACCACGUUUGUGGCCGGGUCCGACUACGUGGCCAACGGCUUCUCCUACCACCCGGGCGACCUGUGGCGCAACUGGGCCAUCGUCGCCGCCAUCAUCGUCUUCUUCCUCAUCCUCAACGUCGUCCUGGGCGAGCUCGUCAAGUUCGGCAUGGGCGGCAACACCUUCAAGGUCUACCAGCCGCCCAACCGGGAGCGGCGCGAGCUCAACGAGAAACUGCUGGAGCGGCGCGAGGCCAGGCGCCAGGACCGGUCCGACGAGACGGGCUCCGAUCUCCGCGUCCGCUCCGAGAGCAUCCUGACGUGGGAGGAGCUCAGCUACGACGUGCCCGUGGCCGGCGGCUCGCGGCGCCUGCUGCGCGACGUGUACGGCUACGUGCGGCCGGGCGAGCUGACGGCGCUGAUGGGCGCCUCGGGCGCGGGCAAGACGACGCUGCUCGACGUGCUGGCGGCGCGCAAGAACAUCGGCGUCAUCGGCGGCCGCGUCCUCGUCGACGGCGCCCUGCCGGGCAAGCAGUUCCAGCGUUCCACGUCGUACGCCGAGCAGCUCGACCUGCACGAGCCGACGCAGACGGUGCGCGAGGCCCUGCGCUUCUCGGCCGAGCUGCGCCAGCCCUACGAGACGCCCCUGGCGGAGCGGCACGCCUACGUCGAGGAGAUCAUCGCGCUGCUCGAGAUGGAGCCGCUGGCCGACUGCAUCAUCGGCUCCGCCGAGGCCGGCCUGACUGUCGAGCAGCAGAAGCGCGUCACCAUUGGCAUCGAGCUGGCGGCCAAGCCCGAGCUGCUGCUCUUCCUCGACGAGCCGACGUCGGGCCUCGACAGCCAGAGCGCCUUCAACAUUGUGCGCUUCCUCAAGAAGCUGGCCGCCGCCGGCCAGGCCAUCCUCUGCACCAUCCACCAGCCCAACGCCGCCCUCUUCGACAUGUUCGACCGCCUGCUGCUGCUCGAGCGCGGCGGCCGCACCGUCUACUUUGGCGACAUCGGGCCCGACGCCGCCAUCCUGCGCGACUAUCUGAGGCGCCACGGCGCCGAGGCCGCGCCCACGGACAACGUGGCCGAGUUCAUGCUCGAGGCCAUCGGCGCCGGCAGCAACCCCCGUGUCGGCAACCGCGACUGGGCCGACAUCUGGGACGAGAGCCCUGAGCGCACCGCCGCCAUCGAUGCCAUCGCCCGCAUGAAGGGCGAGAGGAGGGCCGCCGGCUCGCCGUCUCCCGGCUCCGAGGUCAAGGCCGAGCGCGAGUACGCGUCGCCGCCCCUUCACCAGCUCCGCGUCGUCUGCCGGCGCAUGUUCCGCGCCUACUGGCGUUCGCCCAACUACCUCUUUACCCGCCUCUUCAACCACUUUGCCGUCGCCUUCAUCAGCGGCCUCACCUACCUCAACCUCGACGACUCGCGCGCCUCGCUCCAGUACACCGUCUUCGUCAUGUUCCAGGUCACGGUCCUGCCCGCCCUCAUCAUCAGUCAGGUCGAGGUCAUGUUCCACAUCAAGCGCGCUCUCUUCUUCCGCGAGGCCUCGUCCAAGAUGUACUCGCCCAUGACCUUUGCCACGGCCAUGGUCGCUGCAGAGAUGCCCUACUCGAUCCUCUGCGCCGUCGUCUUCUUCGUCUGCAUCUACUUCAUGCCGGGCCUGCCCGCCACCCCGUCCCGCGCCGGGUAUCAAUUCUUCAUGGUGCUCACCACCGAGGUCUUCGCCGUCACCCUCGGCCAGUGUCUCGCCUCGCUGACGCCCUCGCCACACAUCUCGGCCCAGUUAAACCCCUUCAUCAUCAUCAUCUUCGCCCUCUUCUGCGGCGUCACAAUCCCGGCCCCUCGGAUGCCCGACUUCUGGCGAGCCUGGCUCUACCAGCUCGACCCCUUCACCCGCCUCAUCGGUGGCAUGGUCACCACCGCCCUCCACGAGCUGCCCGUUCGCUGUCAGCCCCAUGAGCUCAGCGUCUUCACCGCACCCAACGGCACGUCUUGCGGCCAGUACAUGGAGCCCUUUUUUGCCCGAGGCGGCCCGGGCUACCUCGUCAGCAAUGCCACCCAGAACUGCGAGUACUGCGCCUACCGGGUCGGUGAUGAGUUCUACCAGCCUCUCAACAUGUCCUUCUCGAACCGCUGGCGCGAUCUCGGCAUAUACAUUGCGUUUAUCGGAAGCAAUCUUGUCAUUCUAUUCUCGGCGGUUAGUACCAUCUCCCCCUGA